UGGUGUGCAGCCGGUGGGUGGGUGGGCGCAGCGGCGCAGCGGGGCCAUCUUCGGCGCCGGCCCGGCCUGCGCCCCGCGCCCCGCGCCCCGCCCGAUGGCGCCGCGGCCGCUGAGCCCCCUGGUGCUGGCGCUGGGCGGCGCGGCGGCCCUGCUGGGCUCGGCGCUCUUCCUGCUCUGGAAGGCCUACCGGGGGCGGCGCGCGGGCGGCGAGGGCUGGUGGGGCCUCCUCGACUGGGACGAGUGGGAGCCCGGGGACGAGGGGGACGAGGAGCCGGCGCUGGAGGAGCUGGAGGAGCUGGAGGAGCUGGAGCAGCGCGAGGUGCUGGUGCUGGGGCUGGACGGCGCCGGGAAGAGCACGUUCCUGCGGGUGCUGUCCGGGAAGAGGCCGCUGCAGGGCCACGUCCCCACCUGGGGCUUCAACUCCGUGCGGCUGCCCACCAGGAACUUCCAGGUGGACCUGCUGGAGAUCGGUGGCAGCCAGAACAUGCGCUUCUACUGGAGGGAGUUUGUGAACGAGGUGGACGUGCUGGUGUUCAUGGUGGACUCGGCGGACCGGCUGCGGCUGCCCUGGGCCCGGCAGGAGCUGCACAGGCUGCUGGACAGGGACCCCGACCUGCCCGUCGUCGUGGUGGCCAACAAGCAGGACCUGAGCGAGGCCAUGAGCCUGGUGGAGCUGCAGCAGGAGCUGGGUCUGCAGGCCGUCUACCGCCGGCGGGAGGUCUUCUUCCUGGGGACCAGCAUCGCCCCUGUGGGACCCCGAUCCGAAGACCGCGGCACCGUGCACAUCUGGAAACUGCUCCUGGAGCUUCUCUCCUAGGCUGGCCCCUGGGAGCCCCCGUUCUGCUGCUCCUGCCCCUCCAUCACCGGCCUGGGCCGGGGGCAGCAGCUGGUGGCUGCACGUCCCUCCCUCCCUGCCCUCAUCAGGGCCGAGAACGACGCAGAAGCCUUCCUGGUGAGGUGGCCCUGGGGCUGCAGUGAGGUGAGGCGGCGGGUGGGCUCAGUGCUCCCCUCCCUGCAGGGCCUGGUGGCUGAGGAAAGUGCUCAGUCAGGCUGUUCAGUCCUGGCGACUUCAUGCCCUCCUCGCAGACAGGACCUAGGCAGGGCCCAGUGAACCCCCGCUCUGCCCACCCAUCUGGUUUGUGGCCUUGACCAGUCUCUUCCCCUCUGGCCCCGGGGCCAUCAUUUUAAAAGGAAGGCGAUUUCUCUGUGUGUGUGUGUGUGUUUGCAAACUGAGCAAUGCAUUUCCCAGCAUCAGAGAAAAGUGCAAGGACAGACCUGGAGAUCCUGGUAAGGGUCUGCAAUCUUCCCGCUUCCCCAAGCUGAGGCCUAGCCCACCCCCCUCAUGACUGCAGAGUGAGUGGUCACCCUAAUCAGAAACACUGAAUUUCCCCCCCAUACCCGGAGACAGAAGCUGCUGCUAUUGUGUUAACUGUGCCAGCACCAGGUUUCCAUAGCGGGGAGACUGGAGUGCCAUUCCUGAGGAGACUGAAGACUCCGCCAGAGCUAGGCCUUGAUGCAGAACUGCAUUGUGAUUAUUUAUUUAUAUAAGGAACAGGCCAAAGAUUUAGCCUCUGUCUCUAGGUGCUGUUAUCAGAACCCCAGACGACUGCCAUGGGAGUCUGGAUCUUUGAGGAAAAUGCUAGAAUCAUUAAUGGCGUGAUAAGCUAGGCAGGUCAAGGAGCCAAAGCUGUAGCUCCCCCUGCCCUUUGACUGUAAUGAUACCAGGACGCUGAUCCACAUGAACUGUACCUCCAUCAAUGCCAGGUCCCUUCUGUGCGGAUAACAGAAGACUCUGGGAAAGGAAAUUUCAAUCGUGUAAAUCCAGGUAAAGAAAUGGGACGUGGGGCCCAGCCAGCAGGGUGGCCUGGGGCACAUCGCUCAGCCCUCCCUGGCCCGGGCAGUGUUGGCCAGAAUUCCUGGUGUUCUCUCCAGUUCGUACCAGGAUUCUCUUUCCAGCGACCGGCCAGUCAGGACCAUUUUGUCUGCACACUUCUCUUUCAUGCAGGCCAGAGGAGCCUUCUGUCUGUCAGGGUCACUGACCAACCAGUGGCCACAAAUGGGCUAUUUUUAUCAAUUCUGUUUGCUUUUCCAUCGAGAACAGGUUCCGUGCCUUCCUUCCAUUUGUUUACUUUGUGCUCAAUCUUCAGCCGGCGCGAGAAGGGGGGGGGGGGGCGCAGAGCGAAGAGGACCUCACUUUGGGUUAAUUUUCCGAAUUAGGAAGUCUUGUUUGCUUUUAUUUUAAACAAUUAAGGAACGGCUUGGACUGCAGAGUAGCCUUUGAAACUUCUCUGACUUCUCACUUCUGUGUUCUGCAAACCCCACCCGGACCCCAGUGCUCGGAAGUUACCUUUGGAACCAGUGCUGGCGAGGGACCCUUUUCUCCCCCCCGAGCUCUGCCUGUGGCCUGUGAGUAUGUCCCUCCCUGUGUACAAUCUUUAAAGUCCCAGUAGGGAGAGGUGAACUCGAAUAGAGUUCAGCUACAUGCACAUGAGGUACUUCUAAAGACCGCUUAGAACGAAAGAUCCAGUGCUGCCAGAAGUCACACUGCUGAGGGCGCUGGAGGGCCAGCCCGCCACCACCCUGAUGCUCACAUGGAACACGGACGCUCGGUCUGCCUGUGCUGAGCCUCAGCAGGCCCGUGACGGACGCUGUGCUCCAGUGCGGGGCUGCUGGCCCGGGCUUGAAGCAGAGUGCCGCCGGGACCUGACUGAGCAAAGCAGAGCAGCAGGCUUCUUAGGAGCAGCUAGCUGCCUGGCCGGGUGACUGACUCGGGAGCCAAGUAAGUGCUUUGGGGAACCAGGCGUUACCUGGAGAUUCAUCGCAGCGAGGCUCCUGAGCGGCACUUCCCACCGCUGCCCUGACUCCAGCUCCUGGCCUGUCUACGCGUGGGAACAGGUAGGAGGUGUCCGGGCCAACCUGGCCCAGAGCUGGCACGUGGAUAGUCCGGCCAAGAGGGCUCUUAGGCUGCCGGGACCACCACGUUGGACUGACUGCCCAUCCCAA